GGCGCGUAGGCGCUGCGCAAAUCGGGUCAAUGCAAGCGAUACAGACGGGAUCUCAUGGCUGCUGCUCACUGCGCCAUUUUGUCGAGCACGACAAGGGCGCGACGCGGAGGGAACCCAUGUGGCUGCGUGAACUAGGGUCGCGGUUGCUGCGCGAGGUCGACGACGUGUUGUUCACUGCGCUUAUAAAACAGCGAGCCCGCAGAGCGCGGAGACGCCGGGGCUGCUGCAGGAAAUCGACGACGCGUGGCUUGCUGCGCAGGGAAUCAUGGCGGCAUGGCUGCUGUCCGAGCAGGGAAACAAGGGCGCCGGUGAUCUGCUGUUCUGUGAGAGUUGGAGCUUGGGAGAGGGAGAGCAGAGGCGCUGUGCGGGGAAGAAGGGCACUGUUGCUGGGUGGCCAUGGAGCAGGAAAGUGGAGGUCGGCCAAUGGGACUUCAACCGUGGGGCGCUCGGCUGCUGGGCUGCUCGCCGUGGACAGCAGAGGGAGGCGCCAUGGUUGGAGCAGAGGUACCCGCGCCCAAGGAGAAGCCUCUGCGCGCAGGGGAACAGCAGGGAAAAAGGAAGCUUGGCCAUGGCGCUAGAGGUACAAGAAAGGGUUGGAGGAGGCGAGCCAAUAUGGGAGCAGGGAGGGAGCUCGUCCAUGGGCGAUGGUGGGCUCGCCUGCCCGAGCUGGGGGGCCGGUCCGGCCAAAGAAGAGCAGGGGCGAGAGAAGCUCGUCCGCGCCCUAGACAGCCGAGGGAACGACCUGCUGGCUGGAGGAAGAAGAAGGGGGAGCCAGCUGGAAUUUUCUGGGCGCCAUGGCUGGCCGACGGGGAGGAGCUCCUGCGCGCUGGCUGCUGCGUGUG